AUGGCAGAGUUUAAUGGAAAUGUAACAGAGAUAACUUCUGACACCUACUGUACAUCUUGCGGUACAUCUAGUCAGUCUCCUUCUAUCAAAAGGAGGAAGGUGUAUAAACAGAGGUAUAACAGAAAGUGGGAGAAAGAUUGCAAGCUAAAUGACAGGAGAUGGUUACAGCCUAGCAGUGCAGAUCCAUGUAAAGCCUAUAAUAAACUCUGUGAAAAGGAAUUAGUUGCUGGUCCGUCUGAGCUGCAAAAGCAUCAAGAUUCCAAGAAGCACAAGGAGAGAGAAAGUGCAGUUACCAUAACUAGACCUAUUACAGCCAUGGUGGUUUGUGAUGAUAUAUCACAAAAGACAAAAAGUGCUGAAAUUAGAAUGGCAGCCUUUUUGGUGGAACACAAUUUGCCAUGUCAAGCCAUGGAUCAUCUUUCUGACUUAGUCACUGAUAUCUUUUCAGAUUCAGAAAUAGCAAAACAAUUUCAAAGCAAGCAUACCAAAUCAAGAGCCAUUGUGAAGCGUGUUCUAGCAGACCAUUUUCGAGAAGAACUUUUACAUGCUCUGGCAAAGACAAAGUUUUCUAUCAUUAUUGAUGAAACAACGGAUAUUAGCUCAAAAAAGCUGCUUGCUCCAUUGACAAAGAAAACAGGGUAA